AUGCCGUCGGGGUCGGCGCUGCUGGCGCUGGCCACGUUGCUUUAUGCCGUUCCGUCUCCCGGUUCCCGCGGGGCAGCGGCGGCAGCGGCGUGGACCGCCUGGCUGAACGUGUCAUGGGAGAACGGCGUGGACCGCAACAAGAGCGGCUGGGAGGCGGGCGAGAGCGGCCUGUACGGGCUAGACUCGCCGCUGCAGUCGGCCGAGGGGCUGCUGGUGCUGCCCGACAGCCCCGACGCCUUCAAUGCCUGCAGCGCGCUUACCAACUUCAGCGGGGCCCCCCCGGCCGGCGGCUCCCCGGGCUGGCUCGCCCUCAUCCAGCGCGGCGGCGGCUGCUCCUUCGCCGACAAGAUCCGCCUGGCCGCCGAGCGCGGCGCUGCCGCCGCCGUCAUCUACAACUACGGUGGCACUGGCAACGAGGUGCUGCCCAUGUCCCACCACGGUGCUGAAAAGAUCGUUGCAAUUAUGAUUGGCAACCUGAAAGGCAUGGAAAUCCUGCGCCAGAUUCAGAGCGGCAUGAAAGUCACCAUGGUCAUUGAAGUGGGCAAAAAGCACAGUCUUUCCAUGAAUAUCUUCACCAUCCUCUUCAUCUCUGUGUCAUUUUUCGUAGUGGCAGCAGCAACUGUGGGCUGCUAUGUCUCUUACUCUGCUCGGAGACUCAUUAUUGCAAGGGCCCAGUCCAGGGACCAGCGGCAGCUGAGGGCCAGGGCUAAGAAGGCCAUUGAACAAAUGCAGCUGCGCACCCUGAAGGAAGGGGAUAAGGAAACUGGUCCAGAUGGAGAUUCCUGUGUUGUGUGCUUUGAGCAGUACAAGCCAAAUGAUGUAAUACGUGUUCUGACUUGCAACCAUGUCUUCCACAAGACCUGUAUUGACCCCUGGCUUCUGGAGCAUGGGACAUGUCCUCUGUGCAAAUGUGACAUCCUCAAAGUGUUGGGUGUUGAGAUGGAUGUAGAACCACGGUCUGAGCCUGUGCAAGCCCCAGGAUCCAGUGGCCAAAGACCUCUAUCUACUGUCACUAUAGUUAAUGAAGAGGACAAUCUUAGUGAAACAGCAUCAUCUGGAUAUGAUUCUGUACAGGGACCAGAUGAAUCUGCUCCGGAGGCACAUGCAUCAUCAGAAAAUGACAACACACGUCCUGUAAGUGAAGAAUCUCAGCCCUCCACUAUGGCUGUCCUUUCACACGGUGACAACCCAGGUUUUGAGGGAGAUGAAACACAAGUUUGCAAAGGCAGGAUUGUUUGUGAAGUCACGUUCUAAGAACAUGCCCAGCGACAUGGUGCAAGCCUUCUGCAAGGAGCUGCCUACUGCCAUUCCACAUAAACCAAAAGUUGCAAGACUGUUGGAGAAAAUACUGCAUUGGCAAUGGUUAGAUAAAUAGACUUGUCCGAAUCAUAACUGUAUGGUUUGCCUUUCUUAAAACUGUAUUUCCCAUAGGAGUCUCAACACUCUCUGGAUAAAGCUGUCUUAAAUAUACAGAAAACCAGCAGAUUUUAACUAAACAAAAAUUCCACCUUCAGCAAAGCUUCUCUACCGUGUUUGAGUUGUUUAGGUGAGAUUUUUUAAUGUCAUAGUUGUCUCCACUGGGAACCAUUUUGAGUUGAGUUUUUUGGUUGUUUAUUAUUUUCGCUCAAGUGGAUUUUCAUUGUAAACAAAUUUAUUUUGAUCUGUUCUAAUAUUUAUUUAUGAGACAGUUUUGUUUAAAGCAAUAUGGUAUUUAAUGUUUCAGUACUCUAAUUUGAUAGGAGAAAAUGCAAACUAAUGCUUCUCAAACUGGAUUUUGUCCACAGUGUCUUUGGCUCUCUAGUAACCAACUGAUUCUCUACCUCUCAACUCUAACCUACCAACCACACAUUCCUAAAGGGGAAGAAAAGCUGCAAGCUGAAAAGCCAAAUCUGACUUACUGUGAAGGGAACAACUGCAGGAACUUUUCAAACCUUUUUAACAUUAGUCUGUUAGACUGAAAGAUCCUCCGGUGAUUUGAGGAGCUAUAACCAUCUCUAGCAUCAGCAAUAUGCCAGAGUCCUGGCUUUGUGGGAGUCUGGAACUGACUUCAGGAAAGACUCAGCUGAAGAUGAAAAGAUAAAUUCUUACAAAAGGAUCUUCUGUGUUUUGUUCAGAAAAGAUCCAGCCUCUGAAAAGUGCUGGACUCCUGAUGUACAUUGUCUUGCUCAAGUGCACAAGCUGCAGGGAGCGCUGAUGUCCUGUGACUUGUAACAGAGGGUUGGAGAAGCUGUCUGUCCUCUGUGGAGUUGAGAUGGGUUCAAGUGGAACACUGGGUGCCUCAGUAGUAAGUGACUUGGCCUUGUCCAGUGGAGGUAGCUAUGGACAACUUAUAAAUGCACUUUAUUUUUUUACCUCUGCAUCUUUGACUGAUUUCUAUUGUUCAGUAGGAUUUUGUCUUAGAGGCUCCAAUAAAUAACUUAAGAAUUUGGGGGAAAAGCAAUGCAUUUUCUUAGCUAUAGUACAUAUGAAAUGGUUGUAAAUAUUUCAUAAUUUAUAUUGAAUUUGAAUAUGAAAAUAUAAAUGUAAAUAAAACUCUAUUUUUUAUGAUCCUGACUGACACAAAA